AUGGUGAAAUCAACCCAAUCAACAACAAGUGAACCAGCCUACUAUCUCCCUCAUCAUGGAGUCUUAAGGGAAAGCAGCAUCACAACCAAGCUGCGAGUAGUUUUCAACGGUUCAAAAACCACCAGCUCAGGUCUUUCACUCUACGAUGUGCUUCACACCGGUCCAAAAGUGCAACUAGACAUCUUCGACGUACUCAUAGGAAUUCGCACUCAUAAACUCAUCUUCAUAACAGAUAUCACGAAGAUAUUUAGACAGAUUUUGGUCGACGAACGCGAUCAAUCAUUUCAACAAAUACUCUGGUUCAACCAACAAGGCCAAAUAACUCCAUAUAAACUCACUACGGUCACCUACGGGACCAGACCAGCUCUAUAUUUGGCCGUUCGUGCUCUACUUCAAUUGGUUGAAGACGAAGGACAUCGAUUUCCUCUUGCGAUCAUUCCACUCACCCACGGAAGAUAUGUUGACAAUAUACUUGGUGGUGCCGAUGACUUGAACUCAUUACAACAAGUUGCUGAUCAACUUGAAGCACUCUGCAAGGCGGGCGGAUUCCCUCUUGCUAAAUGGACAAGCAAUCAUCCAAAAUUACAACAACUCAAUCAUGUGGAAGCGAUCAAAAAUCACAAAUUCGAGGAUUCAGACUCCAGCACCAAGAUUCUGGGCAUGUACUGGUCCUCACACUCAGAUCAGUUCUAUUUCACAUACUCACCACCAUGCUCAACUCAAAAAUUUACAAAAAGGAUCAUUUUAUCAGAGAUUGCUCAAAUCUUUGAUCCUCUUGGAUUUCUCGCACCACUCAUCAUUCGAGCCAAGGUAUUCAUGCAGGAGCUUUGGCUCGAAAAGCUCAGCCGGGACACUCCAUUGGCAGCCAAUCAACGGUAUAAGUGGAGAAACUUCAAAAAUGAACUCAAACUUAUCUCUAAAAUCAAAAUUCCAAGAUGGAUCCACUCAUCCUCGUGCUCAACCACCGAAAUCCAUGGAUUCUCGGACGCUUCUCAAUUGGCAAUGGCAGCUGCCGUAUUUAUCAAAGUCCACACACCUGCUCAUGGAGUCAGAGUUACGCUGCUCUGCUCUAAAACCAAGGUAGCUCCGUUAAAACGACUAACGAUACCAAGGUUAGAACCCACCGCAGCUCACAUGUUGGCAAAACUCACAAAACACUGCCAGAGCACUCUAAAUCUCACUCAAUCGCCAACAUACUUGUGGACGGACUCAACAAUUACACUCACGUGGAUUAAAUCUCAUCCGUCUCGCUGGAAGAAGUUUGUUCGGAAUAGGGUGUCGCAUAUUCAAGAUCUACUUCCAGAUGGCCACUGGAAUUUCGUUCCGGGCACACAAAAUCCAGCAGACUGCGCAAUACGAGGGUUGACACCUACUCAACUCCGUGAUCAUCAACUAUGGUGGACUGGCCCACCAUGGUUGCUCAAGAGUUCAUCGUCCUGGCCUAAAUGUCCAUCAAUUGAUGAUACAGGAGCUCAAGCAGAAGAACGACCUGGACUGGCCCUGUUCUCAUCGAAUUCAUCACUGAAAUCAAAUUGGCCUAUCAUGGAACGGCCAAUACCACUCCUACGCAUGUUACGAGCUACUGCAAUCUGCUUUAGACUCCGUAACAUGAUCAAGAAAUCACCAAACUCAUCACUCAAGGCUCCGAUUACUUCUGACGAAGUAAUUUUUGCACACAACUUCUGUAUCAAAGAAACUCAACGCAUUCAUUUUUCAAACGAGAUCAAGAUGCACUCCAAACACGCACCAUGGCCUAAUGGUCAUCCAUUUGCUCGAUUGGUUGCAUUCAUUGACACCGACGACAUCAUUCGAGUAGGUGGACGGUUGGAAAAUUCUCCAAAUCACUCAACAUGA